ACCCUCAUCAAAGUGCUCAUCCCUCGUCCAGGGAUUUCUCUGAGCAUCACAGUCGGAGCGGAGAAUGGCGGGGCAGCUUCGGCUUGCGUCAGGGAAGGAUGAAGAUCGUUUUCAACACCAGGGAGCAGUGGAGCUGCUCGCCUUUAAUUUUUUGCUUAUUCUUACCAUUUUAACCAUCUGGCUAUUUAAAAAUCAUCGAUUCCGCUUCUUGCAUGAGACUGGAGGCGCGAUGGUGUAUGGCCUCAUAAUGGGAUUAAUUUUACGAUAUGCCACAGCGCCAGCUGAUAUUGACAGUGGGACUGUCUACGACUGUGGGAAGCUGUCCUUCAGCCCGUCAACCCUGCUGAUCAACAUCACUGACCAAGUGCACGAAUAUAAGCACAAGAGAGAAAUCAGCCAGCACAACAUUAGUCCCCACCAAGGCAACGCUAUCCUGGAGAAGAUGACAUUUGACCCAGAAAUCUUCUUCAAUGUUUUGCUGCCGCCCAUUAUUUUUCAUGCAGGAUACAGUCUGAAGAAGAGACACUUUUUUCAAAACAUGGGAUCCAUUUUGACGUAUGCCUUCUUAGGAACAGCCAUCUCCUGUGUGGUCAUAGGGUUAAUUAUGUAUGGCUUUGUGACGGCCAUGGUGCAUGCGGGCCAGCUGAACAGCGGAGACUUCCAUUUCACUGACUGUUUAUUUUUUGGUUCGCUGAUGUCUGCUACUGAUCCAGUGACGGUGCUGGCCAUUUUCCAUGAACUGCACGUGGACCCCGACCUGUACACACUGCUGUUUGGGGAGAGUGUGCUGAAUGAUGCAGUGGCCAUAGUCCUCACAUACUCUAUCUCGAUCUACAGUCCCAAGGAGAAUCCCAAUGCAUUUGACACUGCAGCAUUCUUCCAGUCUGUGGGCAAUUUCCUAGGGAUCUUCGCUGGCUCCUUUGCAAUGGGCUCCGCAUAUGCAGUUGUUACAGCACUGAUAUCCAAAUUUACCAAGCUCUGUGAGUUCCCGAUGCUGGAAACAGGCCUGUUUUUCCUCCUUUCUUGGAGUGCCUUCCUGUCUGCAGAGGCCGCCGGCUUAACAGGCAUAGUUGCUGUUCUCUUCUGUGGAGUCACACAGGCACAUUAUACCUACAACAACCUGUCAUCAGAUUCCAAGCUGAGAACCAAACAGCUCUUUGAAUUCAUGAACUUCCUGGCUGAGAAUGUCAUCUUCUGCUACAUGGGCCUGGCUCUGUUCACCUUCCAGAAUCACAUUUUUAAUGCUCUUUUUAUACUCGGAGCCUUUCUAGCAAUUUUUGUCGCCAGAGCCUGCAACAUCUACCCUCUCUCCUUCCUCCUGAACCUGGGCAGAAAACAGAAGAUCCCCUGGAACUUCCAGCACAUGAUGAUGUUUUCAGGCUUGCGAGGCGCCAUUGCCUUUGCCCUGGCCAUCCGCAACACGGAAUCUCAGCCCAAGCAGAUGAUGUUCACCACCACACUGCUGCUUGUCUUAUUCACUGUCUGGGUGUUCGGAGGAGGAACGACCCCCAUGCUGACGUGGCUUCAGAUCAGAGUUGGUGUGGAUCUGGAUGAAAAUCUGAAGGAAGAGCCCUCCUCACAGCACCAGGAAGUGAAUAAGUUGGACAAGAAUAUGACCAAGACGGAGAGUGCACAGCUCUUCAGAAUAUGGUAUGGAUUUGACCACAAAUAUCUGAAACCCAUCUUAACGCACUCUGGUCCUCCACUGACCACCACGUUACCUGCAUGGUGUGGCCCAGUCUCCAGGCUGCUCACCAGUCCUCAGGCCUAUGGGGAACAAGUGAAAGAGGAUGACGUGGAAUGUAUCGUAAACCAAGAUGAACUUGCCAUGAAUUACCAGGAGCCCAGCCCCUCGCCCAGCAGUCCUGCCAUUAAGCUCACUCUGGACCAGAAGUCUUCACCCCAGACUCCAGGCAAGGAAAACAUCUAUGAGGGAGACCUCGGCCUGGGGGGCUAUGGACUCAAACUCGAGCAGACUCGAGGUCAACCCCAGACGGACUAACUGGCAUGAUGCGUGAGACGGCAGUCCUCAGACGUUAAUUCAGGACCACUGAGGAAUGCCACAGAAGUGGUGCCGAGAGAGGCAGAAAGAGUAUUAAGAACAUAAAUUGGGCAGAAUCAAAACCUUGUCAUAUAUAUAUCCUCCCGUGCCUUCAGAAAGGAGAAUUCAUUACCUUCCCUGUGUUACGCAACCUCAUUUAAUUAUCUGACAGCCAUUUUUACUGCUGGA